CACCUAGAGUGCGACACCUACUUUUCUCUUCCAGUUUUUUCUUCCUGGGAAUAGAAAGGAGAUGAGCAAACGGCCGUCGCUGGUUGUGUUUGACUUGGAUUACACCCUGUGGCCCUUCUGGGUCGACACCCACGUGGACCCCCCCUUCCAGAAAAACAGCGAUGGCUCGGUACAAGACCGCAACAGGCAACCCAUAAAUCUGUACCCCGAGGUGUCGGCUGUGCUGGAGAAGCUGCAAGCUGAGGCGAUCCCUAUGGCGGCUGCCUCACGGACAGGUGAGAUCCAAGGAGCUAAUCAACUGUUGGAUCUCUUUGGCCUGAACCGCUUCAUCCGCUACGCAGAGAUCUACCCGGGCAGCAAAGUCACCCACUUCCAGAAGUUGUCUCAACAAACCGGGGUUCCCCUUUCGCAGAUGCUCUUCUUUGACGACGAAAGCCGCAACAUUUACGACGUCAGCAAAUUAGGAGUCACGUGUAUCCUCGUCCCCAACGGCAUGAACCUGUCCCUCCUGAAACAGGGCCUAGAAGCCUUCGCUUGCUCCUGAGUGCCGCCUGCAGAUGACGCAAACCGGACAUCCUGUUCUCUCUUGUCAUUUUGUGGAGUGUGCUGGGGGGGGCGGGAUUUUGACCCCGUGCAAUAAAUCCUCUACGCGUUUCCCUGCCUUGCAACUUCUUACACGCGUGUGAACAGCCUGGACUUACCUUAUAGGCACCUUGCUUCACUUCUGUUCCCUAACAACUGAUCCACGUCCCCUCGAGAUGCUGGAAACUACAGGCACUGUGAAAGUGGGGCGGGGAUGUGUGUGUGUCCAGUUUUAUUCAAUUGCCUGCUUCAUAAAAUUUACGCACUGCUUGACUGUAUAAAGGCAAUGACAACAAUGUCCAAAGUGGUUUAUAAAAAGAACAAAACAAUGAAAUCAUAGUCAAAAGAAUUGGUUAAGAAGAAACACCCAAAGCAUUAAAA